AUGAAUGGUAUAGCAACAAUUGGUGGUUCAUCUGGUAUCACUCCUGCGCCUGUUACUCCUACUUCAUCAAAUUUACAACCUUUUGGCGCUGCUUCUUCUCUUGCCGCUGCUGCAUCUUCAUCUUUAACGUUGAACUUAUUACCAUCAAGUGAUUAUAUUAAAUCAAAUUUACUUGCUAAUUGCGCUCGACAAGCUCAACAACUUAGGUACACUCAGCAUACACGACGAUUUACAUUGCGGCAUGAUGGGCCUAAUCGAGAGGGUGCUUUAUUUUGUCGUUCCGGUACAUGGGUGGAAAUCUUGGAUAAACGUACAGCUGAAUAUGAGGCUAAAACAAAUGGCUUAUCAAGGCCAGAAUACGUACGUGGUACACGUUUAGAAAAUAGUCGUUUCAGUAUAUUGGAAUUCAUAUCGGUUGCAUUUGGUUUAGUAAGUAUACGUGGACGUGAAUCACAACGUUAUUUAUGUAUGGAUCGUGAGGGUCGAUUAUACGCUGCGUUAAAACAAAAUUAUUCAAUAGAAUGCAUAUUUAUGGAGGAAAUGCUAGAAAAUUACUAUAAUUUAUAUUCUUCCUGUACAUAUGGUACACCGAAAAAACCCUGGUAUAUCUCAUUACGAAAGACGGGACGACCUCGUAAAGGGUAA